AUCACGCGCGCUGAUUAAGCGCACACGGCGCCGGUGGAAGCUAGGUCGAGGCGAAACGAAACAGGAGCUGCAUCCGGCUGCAGCAGCGGCUCAUUGCGAACGUGUCGCCGCUGCCAACUGUAGGCGGAGCGAAGGAACGCAUUUGCUGCUGCUGCUGCCCUUCGACGCAUCGACAGCGGUGUGCGUGCGUAGCGCAGGAGAGCUCGUAGUAGCAAAAGUGGCGGUAGGAGUACGCCGCGGGCGACUGAAAAAAGCGAAGGGGUAGAGACCAGCAUGGCCAUCGUAACUUCGUCGUUCGGAGCGCGGCGGCUGCCGACCAUCGCAUCCAUCGGGCAGUGCCCGACGAGCUAGCGACCAACUGACGGCCGAAACCGAAAUUCAUCGCCGCGAUCUACAAACUGCGGCGGCGGUAGGUAGUGCGAGAGAAAGAGCGAGCGGCGAGAGUGAGAGAAAUAGGUUAGGCCUAAUUGGCGAUCGCCGCUUUGCUGUAACUUCGGUCUACGUCGGUUAGCUUCGGUUCUGGUGUGAAUUCGAGCCCGGCCCGUUUCUCCGAGUUUGCCGCGGAGCGAGCAAGAAGUGUUGUGCGGCGGUCAGUGUGUUGAGUGAAGAAGAAGACCGGAAAGAGUGGAAGGACCUGUAAGAAGAGACAGCCCGAUCGGCUACUAUCGCGCUCGGGCUGCGCGUGUGCUGUGCUCGUGUGAACGUGAGGCAGCCCGUUGCGUGCGAAUAUAUCCACCGCGCUACGGACGCACGUAACGUGUGUGCGACGAAACUCGAGCGGUGUGCGUUCGCACCGGCCGGCGGUAUUUGCUACUUUGGUGGCGGUCCCUCCCUGAAGACCCCCGGGUGCCCGCUGCUCAACGCAACGCUUUCCUUUGCACGCGUGUUUCUUGGUGUUUAUUCGGCAAAAUGAAGCGAUUAGCUGGAAAAAAGACGCUAGGGAAGAUCAUCAUGCCAGAGCCCAACCAGAACCUUCAACAGAGAGUCACCCCUCCACGCAACCUGGACUCCCACGCGAGGCUCGUUGUCGAGGGCCAGGAAAUCGAGGUUUCCACGGACGACCUCCAGGUCAUUGAGGAGCUCGGGCGAGGUGCCUAUGGAGUUGUCGAGAAGAUGGUUCACGUACCCAGCGGCACCAUCAUGGCUGUAAAGAGGAUAACGUUCACCGAGUGCAACCAGGAGCAGAAGCGCCUGCUGAUGGACCUCGACGUCUCCAUGCGCACCAGUGACUACCCCAACACGGUGCAAUUCUAUGGGGCACUGUUCCGAGAGGGUGACGUGUGGAUCUGUAUGGAGGUUAUGGACAUGUCUCUGGACAAGUUCUACCACAAGGUGUUCAGCGAAGGAAAGACCAUCCCUGAGAGCAUACUGGGGACUAUUGCCUUUUCCGUGGUGAGUGCGCUGCACUACCUCCAGAGCCAGCUGCAUGUGAUCCACCGAGACGUGAAGCCGUCCAACAUCCUGCUCAACCGGCGUGGAGAGGUGAAGAUGUGUGACUUCGGCAUCUCCGGCUACCUGGUUGACUCGGUGGCGAAGACGGUCAACGCUGGCUGCAAGCCGUACAUGGCCCCCGAGCGGAUCAACCCGGAGCACUCGGACAUGGGUUAUGAUGUCAAGUCCGAUGUUUGGAGCUUGGGCAUUACCAUGAUUGAACUGUCCAUAGGCAGGUUCCCGUAUCCCACCUUCCGAACGCCGUUUGAGCAGCUCAAGCACGUGGUCGAAGACGACCCUCCCCGACUGCCGACGGGACAGUUCUCACCAGAGUACGAAGAUUUCAUUGAUGCCUGCCUCCAAAAGCACCCGACAAAGAGGCCGACUUACCCGCAGCUACUCAAAAUGCCGUUUCUUCAGCAUCACUCUCAGGGCUCGGUAGAGAUCUCCGAAUUCAUUGCCACCAUCCUCGACGGCACCGAGGCCAAGAAGGAGUCCUCACCGUCCGACGAGCCAUAGCCGCGCUGCUCUAAUCCAAUCGGAGAGGCUCGGCUACCGCUCGACUUCGGCUGCUGGAUGCCCACGCAGGAACCGGCUGAUCACCCGGGUCUCUUGUAACCCAGAUUGCCAUUGCACACCGACAGACCCAAUAGAUCUCGCCAAAGCUUGUCACGAUGAGUCACUAGGUUUGCCGGUGUCUGGCACAGAAUGAUCCUCAAGUUCGGCGAGACUGAAACCUCAAGAGGAAGCCUGCCGUUGCUGAGAAAAACAGCGAGUGUCAUGUGCUCUCGACAGUUUUCAGCAUCGCUCAGCAUCUCUUGCGGUCUCACAAAACUCAGUGUGGAUCUCCAAGAGGUACUCAAACUCCGUGUGCCUGCCGCACUGCACGAUGUGCCACCAAAAAAACAAGCUCUCCAGUGCCCAAGUACUUCUUAGCUCCAGGACAGAUCGCCCGUCUUCAGCGACAUAGCAGGACCGAGUUGCAACUGUGUGCAAGCACUUCACACUGCUGCCUUUUAAGCGGUGCAUCUCGGUUUAUCAAAGACACACCGGACGAGCUCCUGCGAGGAACGGCAUCUGGUGGAUCACAGUCGGUCAGGAGGGACUGCGAAAUGCCAUUACGCCACAUCGAACCAAGCUGCUUUACAGAAAACCGCACCACGUUUUCAGUGGAGUGUCGCUGGCUUUUGGUGCAGCGUCGACGGCGGCCCGAGCGAUGGUGCCGAGAACAAUUUCGUGCGAGGCACCAAAAGUGGCUUGGUGUCAAAAAUGGACGUCAGCCUCGUGAAAGCGAGCGAGAAAAAUGUUGGAGCCAGGACGCGGCUGAACCAUUUGUGUGCGUGUGUGCAAUGGCGCAUCAUACCAGCGAAGUGCCACUCAUGGCCUAACACAGUUCAAAUGCAGUUGGACUAUGGUCUCGCGUACCUUAUAGACCUUCAGAGCACGUCCUGUUUUCGCACCUGUUUAUCAAUCCUUCUCCUCACCUGCUCAUGUUUUUCUUUUUUUGUCGAUAUUUUUUUGUAGGGGAGGAAAAAGACUAGUGUACCUCAUUUCAUCCGAUGAAGGAUUGAAGUGUUAGCUUAGUAGAUCUGAGAGAAAUUGUGUGUAGCUUCUGCGAGUUAUUGGUGUGGGCGGACCGUUUAUGUGCGGCUCGAAAGCCACACGAAGCAGAAGAAUCGUGGCUCGACUGUAACUCGGUAUGUACUCAUUUACGGUCAGUGCGAGUCAGUGCGUUAUUCUUCCAUUUGGAAGCCUGUCAACGCAGCGGACGCCAUUAUGGCGUUGAAUUGCUUCGAAGCGUUGCGCAGUAGCACAGCGCUUCGCGUGUCAUCGUGCAGCUUUCCUUCGCCUCUGCACUGUGCUGGCUCCGUGGAUUGUUUCUUGGUCUUCGCUGUGCGUGCCGCGGUGAAUAUAGCAUGUGCGAGGUUUUGUGAGGUGCCUCUGCUGAAAAAAAAGCACUAAUCAUGCUAACAGAAAUGGUGGAAAUGCCGUUCAGUUACGAUGGCAAGCCUAACGGAUGGCUAUUGAGAUGUCCUGUAACGUAACUAAUUCUGUCUGAAAUGCUAAGCUGAAUCGCUUAUCACGGCUCACACCAUGACGCAUGCACUUCAGAUGGUGCUGACGAUCCUUGAUAAUAACGGAAGUUGCAUUUCGAGAAGUGUUUUGUUCGUUAUAUAUUGAAGCAAUGAACAAGAGUUGACGCCAACCAAAUCGCAGUUGAAGUUACAGUGCAAUGAUUUACUAAUGCAAAUCAAUGCUAAGGAACUGUUGCUUACCGCUAAACAUGUGUGCUGUAAAUUGCCCAAAAUUGGUUUCUAAGAAACGUGGAGUGAAAACAUUGCCUUUGCAUGUCUGUAUUGUUGCUAGGCGUAACGUAUAUCCUGCUGGUCUUUGCAGUAUUUGUUUGAAAGGUAACCCCAGUUUUCUGCCUCAGUGUUUGGAUUGUUAUCAAGCUGCUUUGUCCAGGCCUAGCGUUAGCUACACCGAUGGCUCUGUUCUUUUGAUAAGUGCUCACCUUUUUGAAAAAAAGCCAACUUCCCUUUCUAGAGGAGCGGAUUUAAAGACAUAUUUGCGAGAGCUUUCACACCUUGUUGUCUAAUUGCAUAAUAUUUUGAGUGUGGCACAAACAAAACAGUUGCUUUGCUGUAACUGACGCCAUGUUCGAUUUGAUGUUUUCUGGUUCUCUUUUAAGCAAGAAUACUCGAACUAAAACCAUGGCCAAGCAAAUUUUAAAACUGUUUCAUUAUAAAUGCAUUAUAUCCCUGUUUGUCGUGUCGAGAAUCACUUGCUAUGAUUUCUGAUUGGUGCCAACAAAAAUUUCACCUUAUGACAUAGGCUUAGCACCAUUCAAUGUCUGGUGUACAAAUGACCAUGUUUGAACGUUGUUCUCACUUUUGCGACGCACUUUUUAAUACAGGUGAAAUUGUGCUUGCCUACAUCUAUCGGCAGCAAAAUUUAUGCCAUGUGGGGCUUUCGGAAGCUUGCCUUGUGUUUGCAGCUUCCUAUAGAUGCCUGCUUUGCGGCCUUUACGAAAGUGCCUGUAAAUUUACUAUUUUUUUGUCGCUGCUUUUUCAGAAGUUGUUCUUAAUAAGGAAAUAUUUCUAGUGACUUCUGCCAUUGACACGCUUUAUGGCAAUAAAGCAUCAAAGUCAUA